UAAUGUUUUCAAAUACAUAAUCACAAUUCUAAAAUCCUCAAUAAUCCUAAUAUGGUGGUUAUAGUCAAACUAUUCCGAUAAGUAAGUGAUAUGAAUAUAGUAGUAAAUUCAUCAGCAGUAGGGAAACCUGUGUAUCAACCUUAAUAACCUUAACCAAUGGAAACAGAAUAAAAAAUAUACAGAGGACAGAAUCAAGUUUCUGAAGUUUAAGUUCAUAAUCCAAUGCCUAUAAAAUAAAAUACAUCAUAAAUAAUUGUGUAGAAUCAGUUUUAACAAUAGUAAGGGAAAUAAAAUUAGAAAUUGUCAUAUGUAAUAUAUUUGAAUUUAAUUUGAUUAGUUGAUAGAUUGGAUAAUGUACUUUUUACCAAUAGCAUUCAUAAUAAUAAUUUUGAUUGUUAUGUCAUGCAUGGUUGGUGCUAAGAUAAAACAUUUUAAUCCUGAAGGUGCACAUAACACAUUAUCAACAUUAAAAAUCAAUUUAGAAAAGAAUCCAAUAGAAGAUAUAGUAGUAGGAAGGGAAACAGCAUCACAUGUUACAAUGAUUGAAUAUUUUAGACAUAAGAAUGUUGAAUGUCCUAAUGGUUAUGAAACAGCUAUAAUAGGUAAAUGGGAUGGAGUUAAGUCUGGAUGUUUAUGUGAAAAUGGAGAGAUAAGUCAUUCUGCUACUUGUUUUUAUAAAUCAUCAUGUAAAAGAGUGAAAUCUCAUGAUUCUGUGGAUAUUAAGAUAUGGUAAUCUAAGAGUUUUUGUAUUAAAAAAUAUGAAGAUUGGUAACAUUUAAAUGGAAUUAAUUGUGAUGAUGGUUAUAAGAAAUGUGGAAAUAUUUGUGUACCUAUAUCUAGAAGAUGUCCUUUGUCUAAUUUAGUGAAAGAUAAUAGUAGAUAAAAUGAUGAACAUGCAAUAAAAAUAGGGAAUGAUCAUUUUAUUAAGAAAUUUGAGGAUUCUGAAUCAAUUGUAGAUUUAUAAUUGGUUCCUGGAUUAGGUUAAAGUGAAUCAUCACCUUGUUUUAAUAAUGAAUUAAAUCCAAAGUUUUAAUCUGAGAAAUAUUAUCCAUUUGCAAAGAGAGCAGAAAAAGGAUGUGAUUAAUAUUUAGAUCUUUAAAAUCAUAGAAUAAGUUUGAAUACAUUAGAAAUUCAUAAAGUUUAUGAAUAGAAUGAUUUAAAUGAUCUUUUAAAUCAAAUACCAUUUUAUUAAAGUUAUAUGAGUAAUGAAGAUACUUAUGCAUUUGAAUUAAUUAAAAGAAUAAAAAUAAAUUCUAUUUAGGAAUGCUAGAAAUUGAAACCAAAUUAAGUAGAAAAGAUUUCAUCAAGUAGUAAAAGUAUUUAUCAUACUGAAAAAUAUCUUUCAUUUAUAAUAUUAUUGAUUUCAGCAGUUGCUUUAUUUUUAGUGCCAAUACUUUAUUUAAUUAGAAAUAGAGUAUUAUUAACAAAUUUUAUUUAGGUAUUUGAAUGGAAAGAUAUGACAGAAUUCUAAUAACCUAGAUUCUUUUGUGGUAGUGCUGCUGUAAUUGCUACACUUUGUAUAAUUUUGGGUGCAAUAUAUUUAUAUCAUAUAAAUGGAAAUGUAUAUUUAAUAUAUUAUAAUAAUAGAAUGGAUUAAAAGAACAUAAUCAUAUUUUUUAGACAUAUUUAGAAAAGAAUUGUUUUUCAGAUCAAGGAUUAAUAUUGGUAUAAUAUAUUUAUAUUCAUUAAUUUAUAGGCAAUUGAUUAAGUUAAUACUUUUGCAAAGAAUGUAUAUCACACUACUUAUAGUUAUGUGGUAUUUUCAUUUUAUGGAAGUAUUUGUUUUUUUGUUAUUUUGGCUUUAUUGAUGAUUUAUUAAUUUUAUACACAUAAGAGUAAUUUUGAAAAUCCUUGGUAAUACAGAAUCCAGAAAUAAUAUUAUGAAUUUCAUUGA